UGCAUCGCUCUUCUGAAACUAUAAACCUAAAGCACAGAAAAAUAUUGCAGCCUACUCUUUGGAUCCUAUCGUUGCUUAAUUUUAAUAAGCUAAAUUACUUGAAUAUUUAUCUUACCAUUCUAUUAUCGACUAAUUUUGUAUAAUUGUAUUGUUUUUUAACUAAAUUUAUACCUAUAUAUGGGAAUUGCGGUAUUAAAAAUUUAUUUGUAAGUGCUGCCAAAUUAUGUCGCAGGACUAUCCAGCGAAAAUUUCCUGGUUACGCCAUUGGUACUAGGUAGGACUACUGUAGGAGUAGUAGGUACCACGCCUACGCCUCCAUGGCAGGGUUCUCUCUUCGCUUCAUGAGGCGCACAACAAGCCUGGCCGUCCAUGCGAUCGCCGUCCCUCACGCCCGCCUCUUAGUAGCGCUCCUCGUGGAGCACCAGGACAGGAGGCGCCUGCUUCUGCAGAUCCAUUCACAGCUCAUUGCCCACCAGGUGUUUGACCGGCGUCCCACGCCAUGGCACGCCCUCCUCAAGGCCUACUCCCAUGGCCCUUUCCUGCAGGAGGCCCUGCAAUUGUUCAGGUAUGCACAGUGGCAUGCGGCUGAUGAUACGUAUGCCUUCACGUUUGCCCUCAAGGCCUGCGCUGGCCUGGGAUGGCCACGGGCUGGCGCACAACUCCAUGGGCUUGUCAUUCGGAAGGGUUUCGAGUUCCACACCUACGUGCAUACUGCCGUUGUUAAUGUGUAUGUCGUGUGUGGGUGCCUGGUGGACGCACAGAUCGUGUUUGAGGAAAUGCCAGUGAAGAACGCGGUUUCUUGGAAUGUGGUGAUCACUGGCUUUGCUGCAUGGGGUGAGGUUGAGUAUGCGAGGCUGCUCUUUGAGCAGAUGCCUUGUCGGAAUGUUAUUUCUUGGAGUGGGAUGAUAGAUGGAUAUACACGUGCUUGUUGCUUUGUCGAGGCCGUUGCUCUAUUUCGCCACAUGAUGGCAGAAGGCAUUCACCCAAGUGAGAUAACUGUGUUAGCAGUUGUUCCUGCACUAUCUAAUAUUGGAAAGAUUCUUAUGGGGGAGGCACUGCAUGGCUACUGUGAGAAGGAGGGUCUUGUAUGGGAUGUCCGGGUUGGCAAUUCACUCAUAGACCUGUAUGCCAAGAUUGGGUCUAUCCAGAAUUCAUUAAGGGUAUUUGAUGAAAUGCUGGACAGAAGAAACUUGGUGUCGUGGACAUCAAUAAUUUCAGGUUUUGCAAUGCACGGGUUGUCAUCUAAGGCAGUCGAAUUGUUUGCAGAUAUGAGAAGAGUUGGAAUCAGGCCUAACAGAAUAACCUUCUUGAGUGUCCUCAAUGCUUGUAGCCAUGGAGGGCUGGUGGAGCAAGGAGUAGCAUUUUUCAAUAGUAUGGUUUAUGAAUACAAUAUAAAUCCAGAGAUCAAGCAUUUUGGGUGUAUCAUAGACAUGCUAGGUAGAGCUGGAUGUUUGUGUGAGGCCGAGCAUAUAAUAGGUGAUUUGCCUAUGGAAAUCAAUGUAACUGUUUGGAGAACACUGUUGGGUUGUUGCAGUAAGUAUGGAGAAGUGGAUAUGGGAGAGAGGACAAUGAAGAAGAUAUUAGCCUUAGAAAGAGAAUUUGGUGGUGAUUUUGUAGUUCUAUCCAAUAUGCUCACUGAGCUUGGCAGGUUUAGUGAUGCUGAAACAGUACGGAAACAAGUCGAUCAGAGGAAUUCAGUUAAGGUUCCUGGGCUUGCUUUGGUUGAUGGGAGCCAGUAGAAUUCUGGAUAAGGAUUUAAUCUAGGAGAGAAGCUCUCUCAAUUAAUAUAAUUGAGAUUUUCCCAUUCCAACCUUAGUAUUACUCCCUGUGUUAUACCAACUGCAAUAAAAGAUCUGUCAUUUUGAGGAAGAUGUGCUGAAUGAUGUCCAGGCCUUGCUCAUCCUUAAUGGGCCCAAUGUUCAUGGGAGAAUUAAGUUGUUUUUCAACAUUGUAAGGAUGGAAGCCAUAAAAAAACUCCAUGCCCAUUGCAUUGUUUCUGGGCUGUACAACUGCCAUUAUGCAAUGUCCAAGGUUCUCAGAUUCUAUGCCAUUCUACAGCCAGAUUUGGUUAUUGCUCACAAAGUAUUUGAUCAGAUUGAAGGACCAACAACUUUUUAUUGGAAUAUCAUAAUUAGGGGGCUUGCUCAAAGUAAUGCACCAGCAGAUGCCAUUGCAUUCUACAAAAAAGCUCAGAGAGGAGGAAUGGUGCCAGACAACCUGACAUUUCCAUUCAUACUAAAGGCUUGUGCUGGAAUUAGUGCUCUCAAGGAAGGGGAGCAGAUACACGACCAUAUAAUGAAACUUGGGCUUCUUCAAGAUAUCUUUGUUUCCAAUUCGUUAAUUCAUCUGUAUGCUGCCUGUGGUAAUAUUUGCUAUGCAAGAUCUGUUUUUGAUGAGAUGUCAGUUAAGGAUGUAGUAUCCUGGAAUUCAUUGAUCUGUGGAUAUAGCCAGUGCAAUAGAUUUAAAGAUGUUUUGGCGUUGUUUGAGUUAAUGCAUAAUGAAGGAGUGAAAGCUGAUAAGGUUACGAUGGUAAAGGUUGUUUCUGCAUGCACUCGUUUAGGAAAAUAUAGCAGGGCAGAUUGCAUGGUUAGGUACAUAGAGGAUUACUGCAUUGAGGUGGAUAUUUACUUGGGUAAUACUUUGAUAGACUACUAUGGAAGACGUGGUCAGCUGCAAUCAGCUGAGAAGGUAUUCUUUGACAUGAAAGAUAGAAACAUUGUAACAAUGAAUGCAAUGAUCACAGCAUAUGCAAAAGGACGAGAUCUACUUUCAGCAAGAAAAAUAUUCGAUCAAAUUCCUAAGAAAGAUUUGAUUUCAUGGAGUUCUAUGAUAUCUGGAUAUUCACAAGCUGACCAUUUCUCUGAUGCUCUGGAGAUUUUCAGGCAGAUGCAGAGAGCCAAGGUGAAACCAGAUGCCAUUGUGAUUGCCAGUGUACUUUCUUCUUGCGCACAUUUGGGCGCACUUGAUCUUGGCAAGUGGGUUCAUGACUAUGUGAGGAGAAACAUCAUCAAAGCUGACAUUGUUAUGGAGAAUUCUCUGAUUUACAUGUAUAUGAAAUGUGGAAGUACCAAGGAAGCAUUCCAAGUGUUCAAAGAAAUGAAAGAGAAGGACACCUUGUCAUGGAACUCAAUGAUAAUAGGGCUAGCAAACAAUGGCUUUGAGGUGGACUCUCUGAAUUUGUUUCAUGCUAUGGUUGCUGAAGGCUUCAGACUAAAUGAAGUUACUUUCCUUGGUGUACUGAUUGCUUGUGCUAAUGCUAAGCUUGUUGAGGAAGGGCUCGACCUCUUCGAAAGCAUGAGACCGGUUUACAACUUAGAACCACAAAUGAAGCAUUAUGGUUGUAUUGUUGAUCUCCUCGGCCGUGCUGGUCAGUUGGAGAAGGCACUGAGAUUCAUCACUGAGAUGCCCAUAGCUCCUGACCCUGUUGUUUGGAGGAUACUUCUGGGAGCGUGCAAUACGCAUGGUAAUGUAGCCAUUGCAGAGGUCGUCACCAAGAAGCUCAAUGAGUUGGAACCCAGUAACAGCGGAAACUACACACUGCUAAGCAACACAUAUGCGAGUGCUCAUAGAUGGGGUGAUGCUGUGAACGUCAGGGAAUGGAUGGCUGAUGCUGACGUGAGGAAAUCGCCUGGAUGCAGUGUUGUUGACCUAGCUUAGCCCAACAAACACGUGCUCCUAUGGGUCCACAUCAAGCAAAAGGUUUCAUUGCAUCAGUGAGAAUAUUGAUGCUCAGCCCUAACUGUUAAUUUUUGUAAGGAAUUUAUCAUAGUACUACCACAUCAGCCGUUAUUACUGAUUAAUGCAUAGAAAUAUGUCUCCUGUGUAGAUUAUCAGGGCAGUUUCUGCCACUGUUACUGACUUGAAAACAUUUCCUGACUGCCCGUCUUCCCAUUUUAUAGAUCAUAGUUUCCGUACGUAUUUCUCCAUGGCUUCGACCAAAAUUCAUCUAUUGUCUAAUCAACGAAGAUAUCAAUUCUGGGAUGUAAUAUUUGACCAAAUACACUUGUCUACUUAUAUGACCACAGAAGUUGUGUAGAGCACACCAACAUCGCCAACAUCUCCUCUUUUUAAUGACAUAUUUGAUUUUCUAUGCUACAUUGUAGUAUCUAGCCGUGACAACCUGCUUGAUUCACUAUUUUGACACAACCAUAGGUCUGAUCUAUUUGAGCUUCUGCAGUCUGUCGAAGGAAUGAAAGUUAUCUGCCAUGAGCUAACUCAGGCAGUUGAUCCUGAAAGCUCUGUUCUUGAUGAUCUCAUCAAGGAAGCUGACAGACUAGUUUCAUGCUUUGGCUGUAAUGGUUCCAAAAACCUUUAAUUUUAGCCUAUCUGGGGCUUCGUCAAGAUCCUGCAAAUAUGUUUUAAAUAGCAUACUGUUCUCUUAAUUCUUUUUGUUUUGUUAAUAUUGUUAAUAUUAUAUAUAUAUUGCAGACUUUUGAGAUCAAAGUCUAUUGUGAAGGAGGGUACCCUAGAUAACCUUAUCACAAAGCUACUACUUUGGCUCUUAGAUGAAAGAGUUCCUCUUAUGGAUGAUGGAAGCCAGCUACUCAAGGCUCUAAACGUCUUAAUGCUUAAAAUCUUGGAUAAUGCUGAGAGAACAUCCUCAU